AUGGCCAUGAACGCGAACGGCGGCCCCGUCAAUGGCCCCAUCAACGGCACGCCCGUCAUGGCCAACAUGAACAUACCCGGCCCGCCGCAGCGCCCGCAGAUGGACCCGCGUGAGCAGCUCAACACGUACAUCUACGACUACUUCCUGCGGAACAACCACAACCGCCUGGCGCGGGCCAUGGUCGAGUGCGACAUGAAGAUGUCCACCUCUGCGCCACAGAAGACCAGCCCCAGCAGCAAGCCCAAUGGCAUUGAUUCCAUGGAGGACGACUCGGCCACCGGCCUGCCGAACCCGCUCCUGCCCAAGAACCAGAUGGCGGACAACUCGUUCCUGCUCGACUGGUGGGUCCAGUUCUGGGACAUCUACCAGGCGACUAAGGAACGCUCUGGACAGCCAUCGAAGGGCGCGCAGUACAUCAACCACACACGGCACAUCACCCAGAUGCAGAACGAGCAGCGCAACCAGCGCAUGAUGAUGAGCAACCCCAUGAACGCCCAGUACCAGAACAUGGGGAAUAUGAUACGCGGAAACAUGCCCAAUGGCGUUGCGCAGAACGACCUCAAGCGUGCUGCUCUGCAGAACAACCGACCCAAUGGCAACCCUAUGGCGAACAUGGGUCAGAUGAACAAGCCCAACAUGAUGGCUGCGCAAAUGCAGCGAGACGGCUCGCAGAUGGACAUGAACGGCCAGCGCCCCCAGUCGCCCAGCUCCAACGACAAUGCCCCGUCCCCAAACAAGCGGCCUCGCGUUGAGGGCGCCAUGAACAACAACAUGCCCAACGCUCAAUUCAACGAGUUCGGACAGCAAGCCAACAAUGCGCAGCAGAAGAACAUCGAGGUAUACGCCCAAAGCCUGGCCCAACAACACAGAGUAGCACUGAAUAACACUGCCUCCCCUCAGGCUAUGACCCAGGGCUCUCCCAUGAACCAAGGCCUGGAAGGCCAGGAAAUCAUGUUCGCCGGCAACCAGCCUCGACCCGGCAUGCCACCGCAACAGCCCGGCCAGCCGCAGCAGGGCAGUCAUGCUCUGCAGGAUUAUCAGAUGCAGCUCAUGCUGCUAGAGCAGCAGAAUAAGAAGCGGUUACUCAUGGCACGGCAAGAGCAGGAUAACAUGUCUGGGCCCCACCAACAGGGGCAAGUGGGAGGCCAAUUCCCACCGGCCAUGUCGCCUUCUGGGAGCCGAGCUGGACCAUCGCCAAACCCAGCGGAUAUGAAGGGCCGGACGCCCAAGCUGGGUCAACAAGGACUGCCUGGCUCGCCCAUGCCUGAAGGUGUCAUGCAACAGCAGCGCGGUUCACCUGCACCCAACAUGAACUUCCCGGAUCCCACCUUGGCACCUCCGGGCAUGCCGCCACAGUUCUACCCGCAGAUGCCCAACAACCCUAUGAUGCGACCGCCUAGCUCGCAUCCUGGCGCAAACUUCAACGGUCAACAGCAGAUGACACAGCAGCAAAUGGAGGCUAUGCGCAACGGUCAGAUGAAUGGCCAAUGGCGGGGUGGACCACCGCAACCCGGCAUGCCUCAGCAACCACAGAUGAUGGGAGGUCCAAUGGCAGGUGGCCCUCAGCAGCGGGGUCAGAUGCCACCUCCCCCAGCCCCUGCGAACGAGCAAAGACCGGAAGCGUCUCCAGCAAUGUCGAACCAGGCACCUCCGACACCAAACCAGGCGAACAAGGCUGCUCCUAAAAAGAAGGGAACCAAAGAAAACAAGAAGCCCGCACCAAAGAAAGGGCCAAACGCAGGUACAACCCCAGCAGCCUCGGCAGGCGAAGAAGCUCCCACACCGACACCGUCGACGCCGAUCACGCCGAUGCACGCGAAGUCCUUCAACCCGAACGGCCAGCCUCAACAUGCCCCACAACAGCCUCCCCAGGCGCAACCUCCUGCUCAACAACAGCAGCCUAUGGCCGACGCUCCGUUCGGCGACAUCUCAGACAGCAAUUUCGACAUUGGUCUCAACUUCGGCGACGGCGACGCAGCGCUCGAUAAUUUCGAUUUCGAUUCCUUCCUCCACACCAGCGGAGAAAACGACGGCUUUGGAAGCGCACUCGGCUUCGAUGACAAUGUGUUCGGUGUUGAAGCCGGUGAUGGUAUAUAG